AGAAAGAGAGAGAGAGAGGGAGAGAGAGAGAGAGAGAGAGAGAGAGAGAGAGAGAGAGAGAGAGAGAGAGACCCCCUGGAGAAUUGGAGAAUAGUUCAGAGAGCCGGCCCCCGGCCCAAGAGAAGGAGAGAGAGUGAGGGAGUGAGGGAGUGUUUUAAAGCCGGCAGGAGGCAUGAUGUCCUACAUUAAGCAGCCCCAUUACGCCGUGAACGGGUUAACGCUGUCCAGCCCGGGCAUGGAUCUGCUACACACCGCAGCCGUGGGAUACCCCAGUACGCCACGAAAGCAGCGUCGGGAACGCACCACCUUUACGCGUGCGCAGCUGGACAUCCUGGAGGCUCUGUUUGCCAAAACGCGAUACCCAGACAUCUUCAUGAGGGAGGAGGUGGCUCUCAAGAUCAACCUGCCUGAGUCUAGAGUUCAGGUCUGGUUUAAAAACCGCCGUGCCAAAUGCCGCCAGCAGCAGCAGCAGAGCACCGGCCAAUCCAAACCCAGGCCUCCUAAGAAGAAGGCUUCGCCGACCAGAGAGGCGCCCACGGAGGCCAGUGCCAACCCAACCAAUGGACCCUACAGCCCUCCGCCCCCUCCUCCAGGCACAGCCAUCACCCCCAGCUCCAGCUCCGCCAGUGCCACCGUCUCCAUCUGGAGCCCGGCCUCCAUCUCCCCGCUGCCGGACCCGCUGUCAGCCUCCACCACCCCCUGCAUGCAGCGCACCACCACCUACCCCAUGACCUACACCCAGGCCCCGGCCUACAGCCAGAGCUACGCCGGCUCCUCCUCUUACUUCACCGGCCUGGACUGCAGCUCCUACCUGUCCCCCAUGCACCCGCAGCUGUCGGGCACCGGAGGGGCCCUGAGCCCCAUCACGGCCUCCUCGAUGGGAGGGCCCCUCAGCCAGUCGCCCGCCUCGCUGUCCUCGCAGGGCUACACAGCCGCCUCGCUGGGCUUCGGAGCCGUCGACUGUCUAGACUACAAAGACCAAGCUGCCUGGAAGCUUAAUUUCAAUGCCGCUGACUGUCUGGACUACAAAGACCAGAAUUCCUGGAAGUUCCAGGUCUUGUAAAUAACAGCGGGUUGAAACAGCUGGGGGCAAGGGGGAGGAUGAAAAUAGGUGGGGAAUCAAAAAAA